AUGUCUACCACCCUCUUCCCUGGUGUUGCUCUAAUCACCGGUGCAUCCUCUGGCAUCGGCAAAGCAACAGCCACAGCAUUCGCCCAAGAAGGCUGCACCCGCAUAGUCCUAGCCGACAUAUCCACAGCGUCUCUCUCCACAACCUCAUCCUCCCUCUCUUCAUCCUUUCCAUCCGUCCAAUUCCACGCCAUCGUCACCGACAUAUCCUCCCCCGACUCUGUCAGAAACCUAUUCCGCAAAACACUGGAUGUCUUCCAACGUCUAGACUACGCGGCUGCUAUCAUCGGUCUGACCAAAUCAGACGCUUUGGACUACUCGGCUCACAACAUCAGAGUCAACUGUGUAUGUCCUGGUGUCAUCGAAACACCCCUCAUCAAUGACGAGGUCAGGAAAGCAAUCUCCAUUGCCCCCAUGAACAGAGCCGGCACGCCCGAAGAGAUAGCCGACUGCAUCCUGUUUCUCUGCUCGCCCAAGGCCUCCUUCGUCCAGGGUGCUGCCUUGGUCGCUGAUGGCGGAUACACUAUAAACUGA